CGCGCAUGCGCGCAGCCGCUCCGGCUCCGGAAGUGGCAGCGGCGCCGCCGCCAUGGAGGCCCUGCGCGGGCUGCUGGUGCCGCUGCUGCUCCCCGACAGCUGCUUCGAGGAGCUCGUGCUCAGGCUCCACCUCCUGCACGUGCCCUGCCUGAAGAUCCUCCUCAGCAAGGCCCUGGGCUACGCCAUCGUGGCCGGAUCCGUCUUGGUGAAGCUGCCGCAGCUGCUGAAGGUGUGGGGGGCCCGGAGCGGGGCUGGGCUCAGCCUCCCCUCGCUGGGGCUGGAGCUGCUGGCCCUGGGGGGCUCUGUCAGCUACGGCUGGGCCAGAGGCUUCCCCUUCAGUGCCUGGGGGGAGGCUCUGUUCCUGCUGCUGCAGACCCUCACCCUCCUCUUCCUCAUCCACCACUUUGGGGGCCACACUGGGCAAGCUGCUGCAGGCUGUGGCCAACCACAGGCAGGGCCACACAGGGCAGCUCUCGGGAGUCACCACAGGGCUGCUGCUCGGGGGGGCCCUGGCCAGGGUCUUCACCUCCCUGCAGGAGACAGGGGACCUUCUGCUGGCCCUGACCUUCGCCACCUCUGCUGCCUGCAAUGCUCUGCUGCUGGCUCAGCUGCUCUACUACGGGGGGGGGCCCAAAGGCCCCAGCCCACGCCCCAAGGCAGACUGAGGGGACCCCUCCCCAGAUGGCUGCAGGGAGCCUCCCCCCUCUCAAUUCAGGGACUGCAAAGACCCUCCCCAGACACAGUUAGGGUCAGGCCUCUUCCCCCCACCCUGCAAAAUGCCCCCUGGGUCACCACCCCCCCCCUGCCCCCAACUCCUUCGGGAUCCCUCUGAAGGUUCCCACCCCCCCAGCCCCCCCCCCCCAUACUGGACCAAGGGUCAGGAGGAGCCACGAUAUGGGGACCCCACUGGAGCCCCUCCAAUAAAGGCCUCAACUGAC